CCCAAAUGGCCUCCCAAGAAGUGGAUAAUGCAGAGCUGGGGACUGCCUCAGCAGGUGCCCCAGGAAGCCAGGGGGAACCGGAGGUGGUGAAUAAUUCUGUCUACAGAACUCAUAAGUCACAAAAUUACCAAGAGGAACUACAAGCCCUUGGGUUUAUUGUUUCAGGAGUCUUAUCUGUCAUAGCCGGGAAAAAGCCCACAAAAGAAUGGAUAGAAAGUAGUUUCGGGAUGAACAUUGCCAGUGCUACAAUUGCACUGGUUGGGCUGGUUUUUCUCUCAAUGAAUUUAUCAGUGAAUAACCCAUCACUCAAGAAUUGUCAGUCUUUCCAGUCACCUGACUUAUGUAUUUACAAGGAAGCCUCAUCAAACGGUCUUGUGUCCAUCAUGCUGAUCCUUACCUUGCUGGAACUGUGCACAGCCAGCUCUAUCUCAGUCAAGUGGUGCAAAGCAAAUUGUAGUCCUUUGAGAAAGGUAAGCAAUUUUCUCAUCUCCCAAUUCUGUGGAGUCAAGCAAGAAUGCCUCCUAAUGAAAGCAAAUCUGAGACAAAGAAAAUUCAGUCUUAAAUCUCCAAAGAGUCAGUGCUUCAUCCAAGAACUCAAGAGAGCAUGA